ACUUGGCCGUAAAGUGAGAUCGCUGAAGCUGGUGAAUGUGGAAUUUAUUCCAAAGUAAUUACCACCGCCACUUAGUUGGGUGCGUGCUGGCGAAGAGUCCAAGUUCAACCAGCACUGCGCCAGCAAAGGUGUAGUACGUGGGUCGAUCCAGGGACCCGCACCUGUCAAGCUGCGAAGUCGAGAGCAACUAAACUACGCAUGCUAUGUCAUAUCCAAGGCAUCCGGAGGCGUGAUCGCGAUUCGCUGGGGAAUCGCUUCGCUCGUGACCCCUGGCGAGGUUGCUUCCUUCCUUUCUUUGGUGGCAGCAUUCGUGCUACCCUACCCGGUACAAAGGUAUUUGGUUCUGUUCUGAUUCCAGCUCGGAAGAAACAGAGAGAUUGUGCAGUGAGAUGAAGCAAUGGUUCGGGAGGAGGAUCUUGAUCUGGUGCUGGUGCCCCUGGGACUGGCGGUGCUGGCCGGCUACCACCUGUGGCUCCUCCACGCCAUCCUGCGCCACCCGACCAGCACCGUCGUCGGCCUCAACGCCCUCGCCCGGAAGCGCUGGAUCGCCGUCAUGAUGGCCAACACGGAGAAGAACGGGGUGCUGGCCGUGCAGACGCUGCGGAACAACAUCAUGGCGUCCACGGUGCUGGCCACGACGGCCAUCACGCUCGUCUCCGUCAUCAGCGUCUUCAUCGGCGCCACGGCGGGCCGCUCCCCGGCGUCGCCCUCGUCGUCCUCGCCGCUGCUGGUGUACGGGAGCAAGACGGGGCGGGUGUUCGCGGUCAAGUACCUGGCCAUCUCGCUCUGCUUCAUGCUCGCCUUCGUGUGCAACGUGCAGGCCAUCCGGCUGUACGCGCACGCCAGCUUCCUGCUGGGCCUGCCGCCGGGAGGAGGCGAGGACGGCGCGGCGGAGCAGUUCAGGGCGUACGUGGCGCGCACGGUGAACCGCGGCAGCCACGCUUGGUCGCUCGGCCUCCGCGCCUUCUACGUGUCCCUCGCGCUCUUCAUGUGGACCUUCGGCCCCAUCCCGAUGCUCGCCUGCAGCGUCCUCAUGUGCGCGCUGCUCUACUUCCUCGACACCUCCGCGGACUACGCCAAGGGGAUACAGCACAUGCACGGCGAAGGCGGAGGGGGCGCACGCAAAGAUGGCGCCGUGUGAGCUUUGCCGCGUCGGGUCUCGGGUGUCCGGCCAAAACGAACUCGGGAGACGAUGUGAUGAUCUUUUGCUGAGUUGUACAGUGAUCAGUGGUAGAAACGACGACAUACAGCAGGAAGUGGGUAGUGAGCAGGUUUCCGUGCCCCCCAUGUGGACUUACCGCGCAUGAUUUAUUGCCGGAUUACUUUACUUUUCUGUUGGGAAACCGGCCGCACGGGAUAGCCCCUUCCGGUUCUACACAUUAAGAGCCUGUUUGGGACUGCUCUGCUUCUUAAAAUUCAGCUCCGCUUUAAAAAAUGCAAGCCAAACGGGGUAGCUCCACGAUAUGCCGCUCCACAAAAAAACUAGAAUCUGGGGCACAACUUCUAGUUUUUUAUGAAGCUCUUCAGGGGGUGCUCCAAAAAACUCUAGAAGCUGGAGUUGGGUGAAAAUUACCCACCACUGCCACCAGUAAGUGGAUACCCCUUCGUUUCUCCCCCCUCGAGCAAUCAAAUAGAUCCUUUCCAUCAAAUUUCUCAUUCUUGAAGCUGGAGCUAGAUGAAAGCCAAACAUUCUCUUUGGUAUUGCUACAACUUCUGGAUGAAACUGCUCCAAAGUGAAUUUAGUGGAGCGAAACUGAUUUUGGUGAAGUGGAGCAGUCCCAAACAAGCCCUAAGUGCGUACUUAUCUCU